UCGGAAGGAGGGAGAAAAUAUAGUACCGUUUACCUUGUACUUUGUAAACAAUUGAAUUGGUCAUCGGCCCUGCUUUGUUUCUCUAUCAACUUGAAACGGUUGUUUAGACAAUUCAGUAGACCCUAAUUACAAGUACAGUGUGGUGGAACAACUUGACAGAGGAUAUGGAAAAUACGCGUAAGAAAGUUGUCCGGUCCAGUUGUGUUUUUGUACUUUCUGAGUAACAGUAUUUGUGAUCUUGUUGAUGUAGCCUGGGAUUACCUGAGUUUCUAGCGGAUAAGCAAGACAGAUUCCUUGGAACGGUUCCGGAAGCUGUCUGAUCAUCACAAUGGAUAGGACUGAUCUCGAUUCGAUCCAGAGUAAACUUAAACUGGCGAUAAAGAACCAUCAGAUGCUGGUAGUGAAGAUGAAAGCAGAGCCCCAGAAUCAAGCAAUGAAGACUAAGCUCCAUGAACUGCAAACAGAGAUUAUGUCCCUCAGUGAGAAACAAAAAGCUGUUGUGCAGAGUUUACGAAAGGAACUGGUUCAGAAACAGAUAUCCAAUGUAGUACCUACAACACAGAUCGCAGUGCAAGUGUCUGUCCCAGCAACAAGUCUAGCCCCAACACCCCAACCCCCUGUGACAGCACUGUCUGUGGGACAGCCUCCGUUAGUGGCAUGUACCCAGGUGCAGGCCCAGGCUGUUAUCCUGCCAACUACUUUCAGUGUCACCGUGCCUGCAGCUCACUCCAAGCUACAGACAUGUCAAGCCGUGGUGCUACCUGUGUCGGCCUCAGCCUGCCAACCCUCCGACCUCACAGUCUGCCUCGACACCACCAAACAACAACCUGUAAACAACAUUGUCAACAACAUCGUCAACAACAUCGCCACAACUCCAACUCAGGUGCCAAUCAAACCUGCCCUGAAGCCUCUUGCCCCACGGGGUAGCUCUCCACCCAUCAGAGUCCCACAGUACCCUGUUGUAAGCUCAGCUCCAUCCAAAGCAGUCCAGGUGAGCUACUGCAGAAACGCCAAGGGCCAGAAACCUGUUCUAGUCAAUAGCAAGAACCAUAUGCCUCCCCCAAAUUCAGAGCCACAGAGACGAGUGUCAGACUCUGAUGUCACCAGAGAUUCCCGUAAGUCUGUGGACAGGAAGCAGAUCAAGCCAGAACAGAAGCAGAAAAUGGACUUCAUGGCUUCUCUGGAUCUAGUCACUCCUGAUGCACUGAAAGAGUUGCAGUGCAAAAGGACUGAGAGAAAACGGAGGUCUACGGCCAACCCACAAUUCAGUUAUAAUUUUGAACCUGAGAGAAAGAGGGUGUCCCACUAUCUGCUGAAUCCCCUGCCACCAGGUGUCAAGAGGCCGAGAGGCCGGCCUCCGAAACAUGGUCCUUCCCCCAACAACAGCCGCCCAACGACACCAGACAGCCCUCACAAUGGCAUGUUGUACAAGAACAACAUUAUGCGCAAUGGUUCAGGGGAGGCUGAAGCACAUGAUGAUUUCUGUGCUGUUUGUGGGAAGGAAGGAGAGUUACUGCUUUGCAGCUCAUGUAGAAUGGUGUAUCACCUAGACUGUCUGAACCCACCCCUCACAACAGUACCCCUGAGUCCCUGGAGUUGUCCCAAGUGUCAGGCGUCAAACAAGAAUUGGGCUGGGUCAGCAGAGACUCUGGCUCUUGUACAUUCCUACAUUGCAACAAAAGCAGCUAAAGAAGAAGAAAAGAGGAAGCUGCAAAAGAAAACCAACGACCUUUCUACUGAGAAAAUACAACUGGAAGCCAAGUCAAAAUCGCUGAAUAAUUCUUUUAAUGAACAAGUGGAAAAAAAUCAGCACUUAUUAGCAAAGACAAGUGAAACACAAUUGACUAUUGAGAAACUUAAGAAUGUAAUCAAGGUUGUUCAGUCAGCAUAGUACAGGCCCAAGUGCAGUUUUGCUGAUGCACUGAUGUUCAUGUGUAGGAGGUGGCCAGUAGACCAACAUGCACUCCAUGCUACUGCUGCCACUGUUGGAUGUUUCACUGACUGUGUUGGAGGGACAAUAUCCUGUUGGACAAGCUUGAUGUGUAUCUGUACCUAAAAGCUCUUUAUGUACAUCUGAAACCCAAGAUCACAGUAUAUUCUGUUACAGACAUGGCUUUAUUGUACUGGAUUGUUGUUUAUCUGCAGCAAGAAGCAGAUGUUUCCAAGGUUGUAGGGAUUCCCAAUGAGACUGCUAGAGUUUAACUGGUAGGCUAUUGCUACUCAGAUGAACACAACCACUGGUGCUCAAACAAAGGAGGAGGACAAAGUGAGGGAUUGUUAAUCAGGACAAGUCAGGGUUUGUGCAUUACAAAAAUGCCGUGAAAUCCAAGUCACCAUAAAUCAUGGGUUUCACUUCAAAACCAGAAAUGGAUUGUACUUCACAGAAGGGCCAUUAUGGGUGUUGAUUGUACUUCACAAAAGGGCCAUUGUGGUUGUCAAGAAAGUCAUGGAUUGUACUUCACAAAAGGGCCAUUGUGGUUGUCAAGGAAGUCAUGGAUUGUACUUCACAGGCUGGCCAUUAUGGGUGUGGAUUGUACUUCACAGAAGGACCAUCAUGAUUGUCAAGACA